GAGAAGCUCUCGCGGCCUCCGCGAAAGCUGUUGAAUUGAACCAACUGCUCCUCCUUGUCCUAAGACCUUCAAUAUUCACGGAAUUUAUAUGUUUUGUUUCAUUUUCCUUCCCCUCAUAAUUGCUCCUGUAAUUAGCCUAGAUUGUGUUAUUUGCUAGCACGCUGAGCUUGUGUUUAUAUUUCCCCGCAAGCGCAUGCGCCGGAGCUCCUCCCCUGUGGCGACCGAGGAGCGCAAAUCCCCCCUCGACUUUGAAAUAAACGACUUGAUGAAGACCGGAGCUCCUUCGUUGGGCCGUCCAAAGCCGUUUGGAUGCACCCUCUAAACCCUUUCCUGCGUGCCUUCUUCCGAAGCACCGUUCCGGGGCAGUGUAUACCAACUGAGAAUCAUGUUCUCCUCGUUCCUGUGACCGAAUCGCUGAUCGGCUCCCGUGAUAGAGAAUCGGCUCUCUACUAUUCCGACCUCGUCGGCUCCGAAGAAUUUCUAGGCAGCCACGCGCUUCGAAUUCCCGUCGCCAAUGGAACGGCCGGAACAAAGGAUGAUUCAAACGUCCGUGACAGUAGGGGAAAGGCAAAGCAGGUGACGACUGUCAAUGGCCGGACCGUGAUAAUAAAGGAGAACUCGGUUUAUAGCAAUAAAGGCUUCAAGUCUUUGACCCAAGCCCAGCUGCUGUCCGACGCCCUCUACUAUACACCAAGCAAUGGUUCUCAGCCAUGGCUCAUCUACUACAUCUCGCGCCCAUUGAUUGGCUCGUUUGACCCCGGAAAAAUCAUAUCGGCCGUGGUGCCAGGAACUCUGCCAAAAAGGAGCAUUUCGAGCAGCAGUACCAAGUCUGGGGAGUCGGUCGCCGCGCCCCCAAAGAAGGAGAUCAAGAGCUUUGCGGAAUUAUUAGCCCACUUCCCGAUGAUCGCAAGGCAGAUGCAGCCUGGGCUGGAGAGAUUGUUCCGGGAAUUUGGAAAAGAAUUGGGUAAACCGUUACCUCCGCCUCCAUCGCGCUCUCCUGUUUUGUCUGAGGAGCUUAACUGGAAAAGUGAUCGUGAUGAUGCCCCUAUCGAUGAAACCGCUUCCCUGCGCAGUUCAUCAUCACGCUUUAGAAAUGGGCUUCCCUUCAACUCGGAAGAGUACUUCGAAGACGAUGAGGACCUCAUGCGUCGCAGCCUCGAGACAGCUAUUACGGCAGCCAUUGAUCUCUUCCGGUUAGUGGAUAAACAGCAGCUGUCAUUCCUCGGCGCCACAACUGACCUGACUGGACCACUUGUCGAGAGAUUAAUCGAACGCUACGUCGCUGAGCAGGUGCACGAAUCCCUUCUUUUCCCUCGCCUAUGUAGCUUUCGCCAGCCCGAAGACACGGAGUUGGAUACCAGGAUCCGCCAGAUGGAGAAUAUAGACGUCUCUCAAGUGGGCAUAGUCGUUGAGAAUGGACGAGAGGGAAAGCGGGAGUUGCUGCAGCGCCUAGGUAGGGCAGUGGAGGAGUUCCGCAAGAUGCUGGAUGCUAAAUGUCCUCACGAUAUGUUGAACAUUUUGCUGGAAACAGUGAAGAUUUUGUCGUACCCUGGCAACUAUGACAAAGCCAAUCCACAAGCAUCAGAGAAGCAGAGUGCCCCCGUAACAGUGAAUGCUGAUGUUUUGGUCUCAUUAUUGCUUGUCGUGGUCAUUAGAUCUCAAACCAAGCAUUUGCAAGCCCGACUGUUGUAUAUGCAGCACUUCAUCUAUGUUGAUGAUGUCGACAGUGGAGAAAUGGGUUACGCUUUGAGCACUUUUGAAGCUGUUCUUACUUAUCUGGUGACUGAUUCGGCAGGCCUUCGCAGGUCAAGCAUCCGAAAUAGGCGUUUAUGGAAUGCUACCAAAAGCGGACGUAUUGCCGAUAUGAGGGCUAUCCUGGAACCAGAUGGUAGCCCCGAAUCUAUAGACGAUUAUGCCUGCGAGCCUGAAGCGAGAGGCGUUCUAUUCAGAACAGAUGAGGGCAAUGAACAAGAUCGACCACAAGUGUCCCUGCCAAUCCUUGGUGGCCGCAAUGAAAGCAAUGGGGAGAGAGCAGUCCUUGAUAGCCCGACAGACACUCCCCCUUUAGCACAUGUAUUUCCUUUUCAGACAUGGGCAAGCAGCCCUCCCCCUCAAGAGAUCCGACGCCCUAUUAAGAAAGUGUCUAUGGAUGUCCGCAGCCUAUCUGAGUCUUCGGCCAUUUCAUUCGCUUCACGUACGACUACGAUGGGGUCUAUGACGAGUACGAUCGAGGGAGACAGCUCGAUUGAGACAUUGACCAAGACCCAGGAUGCUGCGGGCCAUUCAAUUCCAAUGAUGGCGGUGGAAAAUCGGCAGCCAGAUGCCUUGAAAUACCUGCUUAGUCUGGAGGAAUACUAUCCAUUAGAAGACGUCCUCGAGGAUACGAACACGGAUGGAACAACGUUACUUAGCGCGGCUGUCCAGCUCGCGCAUACCGAGAUGGUAGACAUCCUAUUAAAUUACCUCUCCAGCACAACAGAUGAGCAAACUAUUUCCUCAUACUUGAGGAAGUCAGAUAUACAUGGACGGACAGUCGCUCACUACCUCUUCAGCACGCCAUCAGUGAUGCAUAAGUUGGAGCGGCUACUUCCUUGGCGCCAGCGUGAUAAGCAUGGGCAGACGCCGCUGUUCGCUCUUUGCAGAUCUUAUGACCAUCCUGAUUAUAAGUCAAUGGUGAAUGAAGGGUUGACGGCAGCUCAAAAGUCUCAAGGAGAUGACAAGCCACUGCGUCUUGAUGAUCAUGUCGAUGCGAAAAGCAAUACCUUGCUACACAUCGUCAGUGAUCCCGAUAUCACCAUCCGGAUUCUCCAAGAAUGCGACUGCGACCCAAAUGCGACGAAUGAUAAGAGGUUCACCCCUUUGAUGAUGGCUAGUAAGUACGGCCGCAUCGAUCAAGUUCGGAUUCUCUUCCUGGACCCUAGGGUGGACGUGCAUCUUAAAGAAGCCCGUGGACUCACAGCUGUUGAGCUCGCAAAAGAUGAUGAAGUGCGCAACCGCAUCGAUGAUCUGAUUCUUAUCUCCAAUCCGCCUUCAGCAGCGGACGAUCCCUCCGGUCGUGUUACUACUGUGGUCCGCUCAUUUUUUGUCGAGGAUGCGACUGUACGCUUUGUGCUUAAAUCUGGGGCGCCAAAUUCCGGAGAAUCCCGAUUCGCACCUACCACCACCUACACCGUCACAACAUGCAAGCGUACUUUUUCAGACUUCGAAAAUCUCGCUAAAUGGCUGGCUAUCGAACACCCGGCGUCAUACAUGCCUUCACUCUCCGACUUCCGCUCUCCCUUUCAGGUCCACUCAAAACCAUCUCGAUCGGUUCUUCACGACAUGCAGGAGAAACUUAACAGAUUUCUUAAAGUCUUACUUUCUCACCCCACAUUCUCAACCCAUGAAAUGCUUUGGGAGUUCUUUCUCGUCCCAGAACUCCAGCCAGAGAUGAUGGCAGAUCGGUCUCGUCGGAAAGCGCAGGUGCUCUACGAGUCAAUUGCAGACGACUACGAACCCGUCACCCAGGAAGGUAUGCGGGAGACCGAGCAGUUCGUCACACACGCCCAGGAAAUGGUGCGCGCCGUUCAUGCGAACACGCGCAGUCUAAUACGCCGUGGUUAUGCUUUACAGAACUCCGCUUCUGACAUUGCUGAUGCCCUGAUUCUGUGCUCCUCUGCCGUCUCAACCCUCAAGAAACCUACCAACGCUCUCCCCCAGACCCAUGUCGACGCAUUCCACCGUUAUGCCACCUACCUCUCAACCUCAUCGUCUGAUUCAUCUCCGCUCCUCCAGUUCCUCAGCACCGUCACCUCCAUCGACAACACUACAUCCGCCAUUCUAGACUCCCUCGCCCGUCCCAUCAACCUCAUAUCUACCCUCUCAUCCGCCUCGCGCUCCCUCUCCCGAGCCCGCUCCUCCCUAGCCUCCACCACCCUACCCCGGAAGUUCAACCUCAACUUCCCCGGUCUCGAAGAAUCCCGCCAAAAGUCCGCCCGCGACUUAGAGACCAAGAUCCAAGAAUCCGAAACCCAAAUCGCCCACCUCUCCCGCGAGAUAACCUGGAACAAAGACGUGGUCGUCAGCGAAUUGGCGGGCUGGACAACAUGGAGAGAGAAAGUAGGCCGAGACGCGAUCCGCGCUUUCGUGAAGGCCACUCUCGUCCAGGAGAAGGAACGUGGAAAGAGACUCGAGCGGUGUUUGAGGAGUGUGCGGCAAUCGGAUGAUCGUGUAGUAUAAUAAUAGACUUGCCUUUUCCCCCUUUCCUUUGCUGUUCGUUUCGCUGUAGAAUUAGGAUCUUGAUUUUAUUAUUGUGCGUUCUUUGCGAGGAGA